GCCCUGGGGCAGGGCUACCCUGCUGCCUGCAUCCUCCUCCACCGCCCUCACUGAGCUCACAGCCCCCAUGGCCCCCAAAAAGCCGGAUCCCAAGAAGGAAGAUGCCAAGGCCAAAGUGGCCCCGGCCCCCGCCCCCGCUCCCGCACCUGCACCUGCGCCGGAGCCUGAGCGCCCCAAGGAGGUCGAAUUCGAUGCUUCUAAGAUCAAGAUCGAGUUCACCCCGGAGCAGAUUGAAGAGUUCAAGGAGGCCUUCACGCUGUUUGACCGCACGCCCAAGGGCGAGAUGAAGAUCACGUACGGGCAGUGCGGGGACGUCUUGCGGGCACUGGGCCAGAACCCCACGCAGGCGGAGGUGCUCCGAGUCCUGGGAAAGCCAAAGCAGGAAGAGCUCAACACCAAGAUGAUGGACUUCGACACGUUCCUGCCCAUGCUGCAGCACAUCUCCAAGAACAAGGACACCGGCACCUACGAGGACUUCGUGGAGGGGCUGCGGGUCUUUGACAAGGAGGGCAACGGCACCGUCAUGGGUGCCGAGCUGCGCCACGUGCUGGCCACCCUGGGUGAGAGGCUGACUGAAGACGAGGUGGAGAAGUUGAUGGCCGGGCAGGAGGACUCCAAUGGCUGCAUUAACUAUGAAGCAUUUGUGAAGCACAUCAUGACCAGCUGAGCCUGCAGCGAGACCCCCGUGCCCGGCUGCCUCCACAGCCCCUACUCAGAGCCCGGGGGACCCUGCGAGUGACCGGGGCUGCCUUUGCUUUCAGGAGCUGGGAGCUGAAUGGGGACGUCAGUUCCGUUCAGUGGGGAACACGGUCAUCUGUGCCCCUCUGGGCUGCAUUGGCCUGUACUGCUCCAGUGCGGGAUCCUCAAUAAAUGACCAUCUGCCCGC